AUGGCUUCUAACACCACUGUCUACGUUAAGAAGAUCGCUGCUCAAACUAAGGAGCAGCAGAUCAGAGAGUUCUUCAGCUUCUGUGGCAAGAUCACCGACGUAAAGGUCUCCCAGGCUGACGACGGGACCCAGGAUGCCACCGUAACUUUCGAGAAGGAGACAGCAGCCAAGACAGCCCAGCUCCUGAAUAACACUGAGCUUGACUCCUCUCAGAUCCAAGUCACGGCCGCCGCCGGCGAAAGCGACGACAGUGUCCCGCAUACCACCAACGCCGACCGUGAUACCGACGAAAUCACACAGGAGGAGAAACCCCGCAGUCGCAUCCUCGCCGAGUACCUGGCCCAUGGCUACGUAGUCGGCGACGCUGCUAUCGAGCGGGCCAUAGAUCUCGACCACAAGCAUGGCAUGUCUACGCGUUUCAUGAACACCUUGAACCAACUCGACCAGAAAUUCCAUGCCACUGACCGUGCCAAGGCGGCCGACCAGUCCUAUGGCAUCUCCAACCGGGCAACCAGUCUCUUCGGCGGUCUGACCUCAUACUUCGAAAAGGCCUCGAACACCCCAACCGGCAAACGGCUAGUCAAGUUCUACACUGACAGCCACCGCCAAGCCCAAGACAUCCACAAUGAAGCCCAGCGAUUGAAGGAGCUCAAGAAGGAAGAACACGGCGGCAGCGCCUACAAAGCUGCCGGGUUGGAGCGUGUCUUUGGCAAGGAGAAGGAGAAGCCCGAGGCUACGGCCCCUGGAUCCGAAUCUGCAUCUUCAAACCCCACACCCAGUGCAUCUACUCAAGGCGCGGCGCCUGGCACCACAGGAGGCGCUAGCUAUGCCGGAGUAGCUUCAGAUGAAAAGAAGGCUUAA